AUGAGCCCGCCGCCACUAGAAAAGGGAAAGAAGCCUGUCACCGGCGACCCGAGCGAAUCCGACCAAGAUAGCCGGCGCCGCGACGGCUCGCCUCGUGUAUCGGAUCUCGAGACGGCCGAUGACCAUCUGCCCUCCGAUGAAGCCCAGCAAGAGCAUGAGACUUCCGAGACGACUCUCACCGAGUCGAAUCCGCCCCGGUCUCGUACCAGAAGCCGUCUCUCACGCUUUCUCAUCAGUCCUUUCUCGGGCAGCCAAGAUGGAAACUCGGACGAAAUUCCCCCGAAGAAAGCACCGGGGUCUGCAGUUCCGAGCUGGAACAACAGCCGCGCCCAACUCCCUUCGGUGGACCACUGCCCAGGCUCCUCCGAAACGCCUGCAUCAGUGCAGCUUCCCGAAGGCUGGAACAUGAUGAUGAUGAUGAUGAAUAAGAAGAAGAAAAAGAAGAUAACGAGUGUAUCCGACCUCGCAUCACACAAUGACCAUAUCUCCGACGCUGCCGUGGUCAUUGACCCAGCCUUUCUGUCCAAAGCAGAGGCGGGACAGAAAAGCCGUCGUGCCGAGCCCCCGGUGUCGAAAGAACUUGACUUUGGAAUCUUUGAACCCCAAUUUUCAUCAAAGGUGCCAGCGGGACUCGAGACAGAAGCAGUUGGCGAACUUGUUGACAACCCCGACAAACCUCGUCCAAGUCCGAUGAAAGCAACUCGCCCAACCACACCAGAGCUCAGGAGCGGUAGGGACUUCGAUGGCAGCUCUUCCAACACAGAAAAUGAAGUAUAUCAGGAGAUCGACGACCCGUCCAAGAGAUUCCAGAGGGUCAUGGUUGACAGAGUUAUGUCGUCCUUCAUGAACUGGCUGGACACGAAACUGAAAGUCAAGAACGAAGAUGGGUCGCUCGACCCAGAGCAAUCGCUGCCUGCAAUUACUCAUUGGGGCUCCGGAGGCCAAGAUGAGUCGGAUAUCCCUCCCCCUCCAACAUCUGUACCUCUGGUUUUGCCAAUAUCAACAGAAAGUGCCAGCGAGUUUGCCUUCAACGCACCGGUGCCAAGUUGUCGAAGCGAUGUGGCGUUGAGAUCGGCCCUCCCGUCACCGUCACCGCCGCCAGCACUGGGAGCACCAGGUUACAUCCCUGACAAGCGAAAGAAGGUCGGGGUAGUGCCUCGGCUUGCCAUGAGCCAGUCCCGCGCCCCCAAUGCGUUGAUGGCUGCUCUGCCGCCCUCUUCUCCUCCGACUCAACUGGAAAAUACCCAUCUGAGACCAAUUUCAUCAGCUCCUCGGGCAGUGGUAACACCAGCCGCACCAUCUUCAGCUCCAAGGAAGCGUACUGCCCGCACCCAUCAGACAGUGCCAGCAGAGGGUGCAUCUGUGCGAUCAUCAGGAAAAAGAUCGAAUAAGCAUGAUAGACCACCGCACGGAAACAAAGAAGAAGAGGAUGGAAACAGCGACGGGGAUGGGAACCGUCCGCCUCGGGCAAAGCUGUCCAAGAUCCAUGAGGACAGAGGGAACGGUGAGAAACUAGCCUGCCCAUUCUUCAAGCAUAAUUCUCGGAAGUACAAGAACCAGCGACCAUGUUGCGGGCCCGGCUGGGAUCACGUCCACCGUAUUAAGGAACACAUCUACCGCAAACAUUCGCUCCCCAAGUUUUCGUGCCCGCGCUGCUCCCAACCAUUCGAGACCCAGGCAGAUCUCCAAGCACACGCCCGCUCUGCAGACGCCUGCGAGGUCCGCGAGCCAGAAUUCCUUGACGGCAUCACCCAAGACCAAGAAAAGAGGCUCCGCUCGCGUAAGAAAACGUCCGCAAAGGACCUCACCGAGGUCGAGAAGUGGACGCAGGCGUACAGAAUCCUCUUCCCAGACGUGAGAGAAAGGGAGAUCCCCUCACCUUACUACAGCACAGAGGAUGCCGACACGAGCCUGGGCGGCUACGAGGACUACCUUCGCCGCGAGCUCCCGCCCUUGGUUCGCCGGCAACUCGAAAACGAAAUCGAUCGCGAGCUCAGCUUUGUCGAACAAGGGAUGAAGCAGAAGGUGAUCGAAAUCGCCCGCAAUCUCCAGCUUACGCUCUUCAAGGGCUACCAGCAGCUCGAGAACCAGGAGCAUGGCGUUCAAGAUCCACCAAGCGUCGAUGCACCAGCUUCCCAGACAGACGGGUCGACCUCAUCGGCAACGGAUACGUCACCUUCAAGUAUGACCAGUGUCACGACUCCAGAUAUACCUGAUCCUUUAGACUUGUUCAGCAACUAUACUCACCCAGACUUUGACUUCACAUUUCUCUCCGAAGUCCCUUUUCCCGAAGAGCAGGAAAUGCUGCAGGACCCGAGUCUCGAUUUCGGGUUUACGCCGUCGUUCGAAUCCAAGCAACCUGCGACGAUCCAGCCGGGUGUGGAAUUGCUGGAAGGGCAGCAGCUAGAUAUGCCAUACUAUGAGUUGGAGGGUUACCAUGAUAAUCGGGGUCACAUGAGAGAGGCUGAAUCUGUUGGCUACGCCCCAUAA